CAGUGCAUAUUUUUAUACAGCAUGUUUUUGUUUGUGGAGAUCCAACACGAUGCAACGAGGUACUACAUUGGGAUGACAACAGAUAGCUUUGGAUCAUGCUGUUGCAUUUCUUGAGCAGUGUGUCAGUGUGUUUGAAUGCAUGUGCGUGUGGCCUGCAUCUGGACACUGUUAAUUCUGUUUAAUCUCUUUUCUGUCAGCCAGGCAGCCUUGCGUUCAUGCCAACACAUGAUAGAUCAGUGUGUCACUCAUCUUCUAACAGACUGAACGCAUUCUUGUUUAGAUGGAAUAAUAAUAAAUGCUGCUCGUGUUAAGGCAACACUGGAAUCAAACUUUUUCCUUUCACUGAGCUCAACUUGGAUGACUUGAGCAACAGCGAUGUGAGCUGCUCUGACAUGCUGAAGACUUUGGUUGGCCUGCCUGCUCUUAAGGCUCCCACAAUGGAUGCAUUUACUCGCCAGAGGAAGCCAAUCACUCGCUCCUUCAGUUUAGGGGACACACAAACUGGGAGUGCCACUUUUCACGGGUUAACCCAGACCUCAGACCAGCAACAACAGCAUGGGAAGAGGGCGCCACGGCAACGACGUACAACCGUUGCAUCUUGUGUUUCCAAAUGUAAGGACCAGAAUGGAAACUUCCCAGAGAAGACGGUGAACAGGCCAGAAGCCAAAUCACUCAGGCAGAGAAACACAAAUGAGACGUGCCAGUGGUUCACUAGCAUUGGAUUGCAAAAAUGUCUCCCUUUCAUCCAAGAGGCAAAUUUGUGUGGAGCAGAUAUAGUGUCUGUAGACGUCAGGAUCCUGGACACUCUACACAUCAACACACUCAAAGACAAGGAGCAGCUCCUGUCUGCUAUUUAUAAUGAGAUGCACCCACCCAGCACUUUUGGAUCCUUUGGCUAUAAUCACGUAGAAACAUUCAUGCCAAUGAUCAAAUCUAAGUCCUCACCACAGGUGAACUGUCUGAGCAUAAACCGACCAUCCCUCAAGAUCAGACAUAAUAAACAAAACUACACGGCACAGAGGAAUUCAAAGUUGAUCGAGGUCACUAUUAAUGCGUCAGAGCAAAUAGUUCACCUCAGAACCCCAACGGAAACAACGGUGGCCAAAAUAAUGGACUCGUGCCUGAGAAUGCUGGGAAUGACAGAAGAUAGAAGCUUUUUCUCACUGAAAGAGCAGAGAGAUUCCACGGCUGAGCUCUCCCAGGAUCAGCAGAUUGGGAGUCUGCUGACAUCCCCGUCUGACAAGCAGCUGGAGCUGCAUUUGUGUAAAAGGAACACCACUACCCAAAACAGCUCAGAGGCCAACAGUUCCACUGGAAUACAAAAGGAGGAGAGAAUCAGGGAGCUGAAACUGCAGGUGGAGUCACUACAAAAUGUCAUCCUCCAGGUGCAAGAGCUCCACCUCGGCCUGGUAACAUUCUGCUCGGAGUUGAAGAACACGGAUGGAGAUGGGAAUUUGGAAAUGCUCAGCUCAGCUGAGCUGGAGCACAAACUGGAACUGCUCCAAGGAAGACUGAGCGACAAAAGGAAAAGUCUUCAGAGCCUCCAAGAUCACAUCAACAACUCUGCCGCUAACAGGAAGAAACAGCUUGAUGUUCAUCUUUUGGAGAAGAUUAAGCUCAACUGCCAGGUCUUUAAAGAGGAAAUCUCCAUGGUACAUCUUAACCGACAGGUGGCACGUCUCCAAAAUGUUCUGCAGGACACUUAUAUUAAGGAGAAAGCCCCGAGAAAAAAUAUGACCGUCGGUAGCUUGAGCCAGCUGGUGUCACCACAGAAUCCCGCCAUGCUGCUGGCCUUCCAGGAGCGGAGCGGACCGGACGGCCGCUACGGCUUUACGUGUCGUUACGCAGAAGGCAGUGGCCUAGUGGUGGUCAAGGUGGACAACUCACAACUAUGUGUGGAUGACAGACUUGUAGAGGUGAACGGCUCAUCAGUGGUCAACUGGACAGAAGAAGAACUGAGUGACCUUCUUCUCCAGAUAACCAGCGCUCAGAUUAUUGUGCUUCGCCAGCCCCCUGCGACUACUCACCUCACAUCAAGCCCCACUUAUCCUGCAGCACAUGGUCAACCCUAAUCCCCUGCAAGCAGAGAGAGAUGUGAUUGUCAUGGAAACGCCGUCACUGCGCAGGCUAAUGGCCAUCUGAUUAAAAUGGGUUGUGUUUCAUGGGACUAAAAACAAAAACUAAUAGAGAGACUAAGGAAGUGAAAACUCAUGAAAAUGGUUGAAAGAUUUUCAUAGUUAAUCUCGAUAUUUUUUUUAUUUAUUCACAUUUUCUUUUCUGUAGUGGUACUAACAUUAAUUGUUGAUUGUCGUCACAACCUUAAGGUCUCGUGGUAAUGUUUCAGAUCUCAGUAUAUUUUCCAUCUAAUUAGUUCCCACUGUAAAAGUUGUUUGACUACUAUACGUAAAGAACACAUACUUUAACCUUGUGUUGGUGUCCUAUCUCUAUAGGUGGUUUACGUCACUCACAUUGAUCACAUUCCACUUCACCAAAACCAAUACUGCUGUCACUUUCUGUACAGUACUCGUAAAAAUACACCAAUGCUACUAUAUCAGCCUGAAAUAUACUGUACCUUGGCGAUACCACACUUUUAGCCGAUUGCAAAUUAUGCUCUGCACGCACUGAGUUUCAGGUCCGCUCCAUUCGCUCCGCUCCGGCAAAGCGAGCAAAGCCCUCUAGCCCAUACCGCCCCCCCGUCACAAUGACAAUGGAAAAUAAAGUUUCACUUCAGUUGUCCUGCCAAAGUUUUAUUUUAUAACUUGUGAUAUUCUCAAGAAACGGUCUUGUAUUUCUUUUUACUCACUUCACUUUAUUUUGCAGUUAACACACAGCAACAUGACAUCAUUACUACUUGUUUAUAUCCACCAGAAUCUUCUUGGCCUCUUAUUUCUUCUUGUCUUUUGUCUACGCACUCCUGUUACAAAGUGCACUCUAUUGUUCAGGCUGAAACACCACAUAACUUAAAUUCCUUGUGUUACAGGCUACUUUUAAGUGAAACCUGUUGCUCGAGAAACAUGUAGUUGGAUGUAAAAAAGUCCGCAAUUACAAGUUUGUUUCUUUAAAAAGUGUUACAAUUGAGCCAAACUUCUGCCAUGUUCAAGAAAGGUUCGUUUUAUGUUUUUGAACAAUAGACAAUUGCAAAAUGUAAUGGGAUGAUAAAGUAUCAGUACUCGGUAUCACCAAGCACUCAAAUAUCAAUACUUGUACUUGUCAAUCUCAAUCAAGUCUCAAUCACUGCAUCCCUAAUAGUCACACGAACAUGCAUUGACUAUUCCUUUGGCUCUCAUUUUACAAAUGUAUGACAUGUGUGAGAGCUGUAAAUUAAAGAUAAAAGAAUACAAAUCCUUAGCUUACGAGAUUUGUGAGGAGCAUGCUUGUCGAACAUCUGUCAGAGUAUAUUCCUAAGGGUGAAACAAUGAAUGCGUGAUGCCGCUCAGGGGAACUCCUGGAAGUGUCAGAAAACGUAAUGUGCAUAGUUGCAUACAUGCCUGAAUGUUGUGCAUCUUGUAUUAUGUUUGCAGAUCACACACAUACAGCUUUCUUUGGAACUUGAGUCACGUUCGGCCUUUUGUAUGUUG